AUGGACCGUUUUGUGGACAACCUAAUAGAAGAUGAAGCCGAGAGAGAGAAUCUUCUUGCCAAACCCACCUGCUUCAUCAUAGUUGGGAGACCGGGUGUUGGAAAAUCCACCUUGGCCAAAAAAAUUGCAGAGUCCUGGAAGUGCAUCUUGAUUGAUGACACAGAUCUGCUCAACUCACACAUAAAAAAUAAAACAAAGCAAGGCAUAGAGCUCUUAAAAAUCUUAUCUGAGGGGAGGAGUAUACCAGAAGAUGAGGUGCUGGAGCUGAUUCUUGCCAGGCUUAACUCACCAGAUGUGGAGCACUAUGGAUAUGUGCUGAGCUGCCUGCCAUUCAUGUCAGAAGAGCAUCUAAAGAUUCAGGAGCAGAUUGAACUGGUCAGAAACCUCAAGCUAACACCUGAUUUCAUCAUCAAUAUCAAGUGUGCAGAUAAGGACCUGGCACGGAGACUGUCAGGUCUGAAGCAGUAUCCAGAGACAGGGCAGUUAUACAACAGGGAGCAGUGGAGGCGUGAAGAGGUGUACAUCAACAAGAAGAAGAACAAGGAAGAGGAAGUGGAGGAUGAAGAGGAGCAGUCUGCUGAAGAGGAACUCCAAAAAGAUGUUAUUGACCAGAUGGUUUGGACACCAGAGAAUCUGGCCAGUAAUGCUAUUAGUAGAAUCAACGUGUACAAGGAUACCAUGCUCGGACCUCUGGAGGACUACAUGAUGGUCCACAACCCCCUCUACCUGUUGGAGCUGGAUGGAAACAACACACCUGAAGAGCUACACUCGACUGUAAUGUCCCGUCUUGGAUCCAUGGCAAUAAAACGUGUCCCCGUUCCCAUCCUUCUCCACCAGACUGAUGAUGAAGAAUUGCCAGAAGAUGUUGACGCGGAGGACCUACUGAGAAUUAUGUCAUCUUCCAGGACAGUGGCCCCUGGCUUUAGGUGGAGAAGGAGCCGCUGGGGCAUAACCUGUCCUGUUGCUCUGAAGGAGGGCCAGGUCAUUCCUGGCAAGCCUGAAUUUUCUGUGGGCUUCCAGGACAAACUGUACAUCCUCUCAUCCCAGGAGGCCUACCAGAAGUUUGUCACAAACCCCAGACGGUACUUACUUCCUCCAAUGCCCAGACCCCCUUGCAGGGUUUCUAUUACUGGGCCACCUCAGGCGGGAAAGAGCACCCUGUGUAAGCUUCUAGCCCAGCACUACAAUGCAGUGGUGCUUGACAUGGAGGAACUAGUGCAGCCAGUUCUGUCCAAGGCUGAACAGGAAAGGCUUGACAAAAUCAAAGAGGAGACUACACAGGUCGCUGUAGAGAAAAUCAGGAUGAAGCGGGAGCAGGAUGGCGGGCAGAAUUCUGAUGAAACCAAUUCUGUAGAAGAGGAUCAUCCAGAGGUGAAAGCCAUGGUGCUUAGGGCACUGGAGGAAGCCAAACAACUGAGCACAUCUCCCUUAGGCCUGUAUGCUGAGGUACUGGAGAACCAUAUAAAAGAGAUCGAAGAGGCAGACGCAGAUGCAGAAGUCAAGACUGGCUGGGUGCUUGACAACUUUCCCAAGAAUUUCUCCCAGAUGGAUGCCUUACAGCAUGGUGAAAUUCUGCCAGACAUCCUGUUUUGUCUCAAAGAUAGUGGUGGUAAUCAAGUUUUGAAGAGGCUGUAUGAGAUGAACAAGGAAAGUGUCGACAAAGCAGUGAGGAAGAGGUUGCAGGAUGAACAGUCCGAGAAGGAGAAACAGGCCUUAAACCAAAAGGAGCAAGAAUCAGAGAUGCAUUCAAGUCUUGAGACAGUAGCUGAGGAGACUGAUGAAAAUCCUGAGCAGUCUGACACCACCAGCCCUAUACAUCCUGACUUAAUGAAAAAUAAAGUUGUGAUACUACCUGAUCAUUUGGAGCUGGGUUAUCCAGAUGGCCCAGAGAUGAAUGACUAUAAACAGCAGCUGCAACAGUUUGUGUCCGAAUGGGAGCAGAUGCAGUCCGGUCUAAUUGUUUCCUACUCAGUCCUUGAGAUCGAUGGCAAAAGCCCUGAGGACUUGCUUCAAGAGAUGGUCCUUCAGAUGGAGAAGCCCUUCAAAUAUGUGCCAUGGGAGCUGUCGGCAUUGGACCAGAGUGAGGAGGCAGAGGAUUCUGAGGCCUUGGCAGAGCUGGAGAGAGCUGAGGAAGGCAGCAGUGACAAUGACACAGCAGAGGAGGAGGAGGAAGGGGACACAACAGCCAAGAGAUUAGGUGAUACUCAUCAUUUCUGUCCCGUGGCCUUAAAAAACCAUAACGUCCUGUGGCCCUGUACGGACGAAAUUGCAGCCAAGUACCGCGAGAAGACCUUCUACUUCUCCAGCCUACAAGCAAGAGACGCCUUCCUUCGAAACCCUACACCAUUCGUUGCUAAGACUGAGCCUCUCAAGCCUCCUGCCCUGCGGAUCUUCUUGCUAGGUACCCAUGGGUCAGGCAAGACCUCUCAUGGUGAGUGGCUCGCCCAGCAACUUGGCCUCUUCUAUAUUCAGUUCAGGGAGCAGCUUCAAAUGCUCAUCAUGGCCAAGACAAAGAGGCGGGUGCCCUAUGCUGAUGAGGUAGAGUCUUCAGAGGAGUCUCCUGAGGACUUGGAGGCCCUGAUAAAGGAAGCUAUGGGGAAGGACGGAGAGGAGGAAGAGGAAAAUACCUCUGCCAACAUGAAUGAGAUGGAGCAGGAAGUGGUACUGACGGAUGAGGAAAUGGCCAUCAAAGCCUACCUAUCUGAUGGAGAUCCACUGACUCCACAGAUCCUGGACAUGGUUAUCGCACCAUACUGGAGACAAGAACCAUACAAGUCCACAGGUUUUAUUUUGGAGGGCUUCCCACAUCACCCCGAUGAAGUGCAGUACAUGUUGCAGCAACAGCUUUUCCCUGACGUUGUGGUAAUAAUGGCGGUGGAUGUCACAGAUGUUCAGAAAAGAUUGUUGCCGACAUACCUGGAGAGGUGGCGUGAGCGUCGCAACCGCCGUGAAGCACAGCUGAACCUCCUUCGUGAUCUACGUAAGAAAAAACGGGAGAAGAACAUUGUCAAGAGAAGGGCUGAACUCAUGGCAGAGAAAGGCGCUACAACAGCCAAAACAAAAUUUAGGUAUCGUGUUGCUGAAGAAAAUGAUGCAGAGGAAGAGGAAGAAGCUGCAGACAACAUAGAGGAUGAGAUAGAGACCAUGCUGGAAGAGGAGUUUCCUUUAGAAGAGGAUAAUGAUGACACAGAGAACGAGGAGACUGAGGAUGCAGCUUCUGAGAGGCUGGAGAUGGAAAUAGAAGAGCGUUUUGUGACUGAUGAAAACAACCUUGUUACCCUAACGGAGCUGCUGAGUGAGCAAAACAUACCCAACAUCUCUAUCAGUGCAUCUCGCAAGCCCCGAAUUGUGCGGCAUCAGCUGCUCCAGAAAAUGCAACCUCUGCUUACUAACAGGGAGUCACUCUUCCAAAAAUGUCAACCCAUUUCAUACAGCCUCGCACAGAAGCUGCUGCUCUUCUCUUACAAGUUCCACAGUGCCUUUGGCUGCUGGGAUCCAAUCAAGCAAUACAAGGACAGAGACUUAAUCCAGCCUUUGCAGUGGCCCCUCAAUACCACAUAUCCCCUGAUCUUCCAUCAGUAUAUCUACUUCUUUGCAUCUAAGGAGAACCGCAACACAUUUAUGCUCAACCCCUUGAAGUACCUUAGGCAGCCCAAGCCAACCCCAUCCCUCCCUGUUAAAAUUGCUGUUCUUGGACCACCCAAAUCUGGAAAAACCACUGUGGCACAGAUGUUUGCUCAAAAAUACGGCUUGGCACGGCUGUCCAUUGGCGAUGUUAUGCGUAUGGUGCUUAAUACUCAGGAGCACACUGAUCUGGCCUUCCAGAUGAAAAAGCAUCUCUCCCAGGGCCUCGUUGUGCCUGAUGAACUGGCCAUUCAGUGCCUGGACGUGGCUCUCAUGAGCUCGGUCUGCAGCUCUCGAGGGUAUGUGUUGGAUGGCUUUCCAAUGACACUUAAGCAGACAGAGCUCAUGAGGUCUCAGAGCAUCAUCCCCAUGGUAGUAGCUGAGCUUGAGCUGGACACAGUGGAAGUGCUGAAGAGAGGCCUUGUGGACAAGAUAAAACCCAACAAGCCUCACUUGAUGAACGACAGCUCUGAGAUCCUCCACAUUCGUAACUCCUGUUACAAGCAGCAGGUGGAGCAGGUGAGGAAGCACUUCCAGCAACAGUAUCAGAACUGGAUUCUGCUUGAUGGCUUAAAGAGCAAAUGGUGGAUCUGGAACAGCAUUUUAAAGGAAGUCAGUAUCAGCAUGACAUACAUCCACAGCUACCUGGAGAGGACAUGCAGUGGUCAAGCAGCCUGCAUCAAUAGGCUGUGCAUCACACCCAAGGAGCUGCACUGUCGGCUUGGAGAGUUUGGUCAGCACUGCCCUGUCUGCCUGGCUCUACAUUACCACCUGGUGGACUGCUCAGAAACUGCGGCUUUGACUCAUGCAGCUGAGCACAGGGGAAAAUAUUACAAGAUGUGUGGUGAAGACCAUUUAGAGAAGUUCCUGUCCACACCAGAUCAAUUUGUGACUCCUGGCUGCCCACACUCUCUCCCACAACCCCACCUGCUGCCAAGAAAGCUAACUGAGAUUCAGGUGAAGAACAGAUUCCCACAGCAAGCUGAGAUGAAGGGCUUUUGUCCUGUCACUUACCUGGAUGGAAAGCAAAGGUAUGAAGCCUUGGUUCGAGGAAAGAUGGAAUAUGCUGUGGAAUACAGAGAACGGAUCUACAUUUUUGAGACAAGGCAGAAGCAGGACAAGUUUUUGAGGACUCCUGAAACCUACUGGGACCAGAGGCUGCCCAGUAAAGUUCCCCCUCUUUGUGAUCCUGUAACCCUCACCUCCCUUCCAACAUUGGGAUAUCUGGAGCAGGGUGUGGCAGUAGCAGUCAUCAAGGCCAUGACAGCUGUUGGGUGUCUCAAACCAAAGUAUCCCUUCCUCACCAUACAAAGAUCAGCGCUUCUCUAUGUGGCCUUUUAUCUGAAAGCUUUCAACCACAAGAGCACAGACUACACUCGCCAGAAGUACAAAAAGAAGCUGGCCUUGUUUGAAGAGAAUUGUGCACUCCUUCCCUACCUGAGCUCUACAAUGAGAGGGAACUACAUGCCUCCCAGUGGGCGCCCCAUUGACUUUGAAUUCAAACUGAAUAAGUUUCUGGCCUUGGAAGACUUGCCAACAGCCAACUGUGUGCUGUAG